GCCCCCGCCCCGGCGCUGUCGCCUGAGGCCCCGUCUCCUCGGCGGCGCGCGCCGCUCCGGGCGGGCAGGGCCGGCGGGCGGGGCGCCGAGGGCCGGGGCGGCGAUGCCCGAGCCGAGGACGCCGAGCGCAGGUGCGUCUGCAGGAGCCUGGGAAGAGCCAUGCGUGGGCGCCUCUGACACCAUGAUGUCCAUCCGGCAGAGGAAAGGAGGCAGAGCGGCUGGGGCGGCCGGGGACGGCGCGGCCCCGCAGGAGGACCAGCAGGAGGACCAGCAGGAGGACGCGGCGCGGGAACCCAAACUGCCCUCCGAAGGCGGUACCAGCAGAAGGUUAUGGAAGAUUCUGUCAUUCACCGUCGGUGGAGCCAUCGCCCUCUGUGCCGGACUCCUGACGUCUGUCUACCUGGCCACCUUACAUGAAAACGACUUAUGGUUUUCCAACAUCAAGGAGGUGGAGCGGGAGAUCUCCUUCCGGACCGAGUGCGGGCUGUACUACUCCUACUACAAGCAGAUGCUGCAGGCACCCAGCCUGAUGCAGGGUUUCCGUGGCCUAAUGUAUGAUAACAAAACGGAAUCCAUGCGGACCAUUAACCUGCUCCAGCGAAUGAACAUCUACCAGGAGGUCUUCCUCAGCGCUGUGUACCGAGCUCUGCCCAUACAGAAGUACCUGGAGCCCGUGUACUUCUACAUCUACACGCUGUUCGGGCUGCAGGCGGUCUACGUGGCCGCCCUCUACGCCACCAGCUGGCUCCUGAGCGGCACCUGGCUGUCGGGGCUCCUGGCCGCCUUCUGGUACGUCGCCAACAGGACGGACACCACCCGGGUGGAGUUCACCAUCCCGCUGCGGGAGAACUGGGCACUGCCCUUUUUUGCGGUCCAGGUCGCGGCCAUCACGUAUUUCCUGAGACCAAACCUGCGGCCUGUGUCCGAGUGGCUGACCCUGCUCACCAUCUUCACGUCGACGUUCGUCUUCAGUCUGACCUGGCAGUUCAAUCAGUUCACGAUGCUGGUGCAGGCUCUGGGGCUGUUCGCCCUGGACUCCCUGGACAUGCUGCCAGCCGCCAAGGCCACGUGGCUGUACUCGAUCCAGGUCACGGCUCUGCUCCUGGUCUGCGCCCUGCAGUUCUUCAAUUCCAUGAUUCUUGGGUCGUUGCUCAUCAGUUUCAACCUCUCAGUGUUAAUUGCAAGAAAACUUCAGAAAAAUCUGAAAACUGGAAACUUCCUUCAUAGGCUUGGGAAACUAUUGUUACAUUUACUUGUGGUUUUAUGUCUGACGCUUUUUCUCAACAACAUUAUUAAGAAAGUGCUGAACCUGAGGUCAGACGAGCACAUCUUUAAGUUUCUGAAGGCUAAGUUCGGAUUUGGAGCAACAAGGGACUUCGACGCGAACCUGUACCUGUGCGAGGAGGCCUUCGGCCCGCUGCCCUGGGACACGUUCGGGCGGCUCUCGCACACGCUGCUGCUCCACGCCUACCUGCCUGUGCUGGGCGUCACCGCGACCACGGCGCUAGCUGUCGCCCUCCGGCAUCUCAGUGACUCCCCCGCCCAGGGUCCCCCGGGAAGGUGCGCCGUCAGCCUGGGGCCGGACACAGCCUACAACCUCACGCACACCGUCAUGUUCGGAGCCUUGGCGCUGAGCACCAUGAGGAUGAAGUACCUGUGGACGCCGCACGUGUGCGUGUUUGCAGCCGCCGGGCUGUGCAGCCCCGAAGUGUGGGGGUGCCUCCUGAAGGUCGCCCGCCUUCACAGCCCGGCCAGGGUGUGUGCGGUGCGGCACGCGAUCCCCUUGCUGCUGCUGCUCUGCCUGGGCUGUAAGCUCUGGCCGGGCGUGAUGGACGAGCUGUCGGAGCUGAGGGAGUUCUACGACCCUGACACCGUGGAGCUGAUGCACUGGAUUAACUCCAACACCCCGCAGACGGCCGUGUUCGCGGGCAGCAUGCAGCUGCUAGCCGGGGUCAAGCUGUGUACGGGCAGGACGCUCACCAACCACCCGCACUACGAGGACAGCGGGCUGCGGGCGCGCACCCGGGCGGUGUACCAGGUGUAUGCACGGAGGCCCCCCGAGGAGGUGCACGCACUGCUCCGCGCCCUGGGCACCGACUUCGUGAUCCUGGAGGACAGCAUCUGCUUCGAGCGCCGGCACCAGCGCGGCUGCCGCCUGCGGGACCUGCUGGACGUGGCCAACGGACACGUGAUGGACGGCCCGGGAGAGAACGAGGCGGGUCUGCAGCCGGCAGGCCACCCCCGCUUCUGCGAGGAGAUCCGGAGGGGCCUGCCGGCCUACACGGCGCUCUUCACUCGCGUGUUCCAGAACAAGACCUUCCACGUCUACCGGCUCCAGAAGGACGCGGCCGGGCCGCCCGCUCCGUCCCCGGCAGGGCACACGCGAUAGCCGGCGUCCGGGGCGAUGGGGCCGGGGCCUCGGCGCUGUGGUCGCAGCAGGCUCUGCUCUGCGGUGUUCACACGGCCGCCCCCGCGUCAGAGCGUCUUCCUCCAGCUUCUCCGUCGUCUCGUCUGUCCUUCUCUGGGAUGUUCUCCAGCCCAGGAGGGACGUAGGACUCCAUGGCGGGAAACGGCACGUGUCCGUCGGUGGCCCGAACAGCCACGUGUGUGUGGGAACUCCGCGGCCCGUCCAGAGUGUGAGCACGCUGAGCUUUCAGGUGCCAUCGGCCUUGGUGGCCGAAACGCAUCGAGGUGCGCAGCUCAAUCAGGUAACACUGUCUCACUAGUGACGGCCCACCCGCGGCUUUUUAACGGCUCCCUGGCCCUGUUUCACCUAAAGGUUUUAUAAUAUUUUCAAAUUACCGUGCUUUUAAUAUUUCCAAACAAUCAUGUUAGGUCCUUAUAACCAGAACUUCCUGCUGUGCUCUGUCCGAAAUGUAAGGUGUAACACGUGUUGUGUAUGUGGGUGCAUGUGUGUGCGUGGGCGCAUAUAUGUGCAUGUGUUAGUGCCAGGCACAGAAACGCAUCAGGUUCCACAUUAUAAGUCUAAAGGGGCAGGCAUGUGUGUGUGGCCAUGUGUGUGUGUGUCCCCGUCCAGUGUUAUGUUAAAACCUACUGAUGCCACUAACCUAUCCUGCAAGAAAGAUAACUUUUCCUUACUUCUUACUUGUUUAACUUGACUGGGUUUGCAGAAUUUUAUAAACGUCUUGUUUUUAGCCUUUGUAUUUUUUACAGCCUAGAACCUUGCACAGUCUGGAUAUUUUUUAAACAUUGUAUCUUACUGAGUCACUAAUACAGUAUUUUUGGCAGAGGGCGUCUUCCGGUGUCACUGUGAGGGGCCGGGGGCGGUCCUUCCCUCCCUCCCUCCACGCACCUAAGUGCCUCUGAGUCCCGCCCCCUCCUGACCAGCGAGGGCUCUGCGUCUGCUCGCGAGGCUCCCGUCAUUGCUCUCCUGAUUCGUUUCUGAUAACGGGGCGCGUAAAGCUGUCGGUAAAAGCAUUUUGUACGCUUAAUUAAACCACGAUGGCCAC